AACAACCAACCCAAACAGCAAAUCCAAACAAACAACAACAAUGAUGCACGACGUUUCAGUGGCAUUGGCGCUGGCGCUUGUGUGCUGCGGUGUGGCGGCCGCAGUGAACGUGCCUGCAAGUGGUGCUGCUGGCCGUGGCGCAAGGGUUGGCGGUGGCCAGAUACCACUGCCUCGGUUCGUUCAGCCAUCGGCUCGGCGCUACGGCAUGCAGCAGCUACUGCCCGGCUUCUUCGAUGUUACAGAUUACGGAGCCAAAGGCGACAACGCAACGGACAACACAGAUGCGUUCCAGAAGGCGCUUGCCGCAGCCCAGACAGCAGCGGGUGGUGUGGUGUAUGUGCCACCUGGGCUAUACAGGUUCAAGGGCAACCUGGUAGUGCCACCGGCCGUCACACUCCAAGGAUCCUAUGACACCGUCCCAUCGCAUGACUGUCGACAGGGGGACUACCCCAAUGACGGAUCUGUGUUGAUGCCGCUCGCCAACCGCGGCAACGACUCUGCUGACCCCUUCAUCACCGUUCAGCACGACGCAACCUUGCAUGGCUUUGUUGUCUACCAUGUGGAGCAGACCCCAAACGCCAUGCCUGUCCCCUACCCGUUUGCCAUCGCCCUCGUGGGCAACAACGCGGCAGUGACGGACGUGGAGAUCCUGAAUGCGUGGAACGGCGUGUCUGCUGUCGCCGCGCACCGCCACUACAUCGCCCGCAUCCAGGGGCAGCCGCUCAACAUCGGCAUCUUCAUCGACCAGACCUACGACAUUGGGCGCAUGGAGGAUGUGCACUUCAACCCGUGGUUCAGCGUGAACAAGGAGUUCAUGUAUUGGCAGACCACAUACGGCCGCGCCUUUGUACUCGGGCGAUCAGACUGGGAAUAUGUGUUCAACACGUUCGCCUUUGCGUAUGCGGUGGGAUACCACUUUGUUGAGACGAGCACGGGCUCCAUGAACGGCAACUUCCUCGGCAUCGGCGCAGACUACGCAUGCAACGCUUCUGUCAAGGUUGACGCGAGCCAGCCUGCUGGUCUGCUGAUCACCAACGGGGAGUUUACGGCCUUCCACAACAACGACUUUGCGCCCAACAGCACCGCCAUCCCUUCCCAGGUGGUCGUCAGCCCCUCCAACACGGGUCCCGUCAAGUUUGUCACCUCCUCCUUCUGGGGCCCGACGGACAGUAUUGCUCGCCUGCAAGGCAGCGGCACCACGACCUUUUCCAGCUGCAGCUUUGUGCAGUGGGACCUCGCGAUGGCGCGCGGCACGUCUGCCAUUCUGGCGGAGGGCGGCAACACCAUCGUGCAGGGCUGCGAUUUCCAAGACGCCAAGUCCCAGCUGCACGUGUCUGCCGCUGCCAAGAAGGUCGUCUUUGCCAACAACGUGGGGCCUGGCCCCCUCAACAUCACCGGCGCGGGCGCAGGCAUCGUUGUCAGCGCAGCAAACGCCUUCUGAUGCACUCGUGCAUACAAUUGCGUGCGUGUGCGCGUAUGUUUGUGUGUGAUUGAUUUGUUGCGUUUCUGUCUUCCUUGGUUGCCUUGCUGGCUGGUCGCUUUGUUCGGCGCACGUCUUGCCGAAGUUCCACCACGUUGCUACACACCAUCCCCAUGGCAUGGCACGGCAUGGCUGCAGCUGAC